AUGGGCGAUCAGGCGGAGUUUGUGGAGUUGUGCUCUCGUGCUGGUCGCCAGGCCCGAGAUCAGGGACAGUACCGGGAAGCCAUUCGCCUGCUUCACCUGGGAAGGUGCUACAGCGAGGUGCUCCAGGUGCUUUGCCGCUGCCUGCGGCUGCCAAUCUGGCGUGAGGAGUCGAUCGCUUCCGGCACGGCAGCGCAGGGCGAGGCGGCCAGCCUGGCCCAGGACAUCCAGCGCUUUUUCGACAUCUACGAGCGGAAUCUGGACCGCUAUGCUCUGUCCUCUCAGGUCUGGACCGUGGCCCGGAAGCUCUACGCCACGAGGAUGUUCCACAGCCUCUGCGACCGAGGGCAGCCAGAGGCGGCUUUGGAUGUCUUCGACCGCGAACAGCUUUUGGGAGACGUAGACGCUCCUGCCGAGGCAGCAGACGAGAUUUGGGCUGAGUACCCUCAGAUCGUGUCGGCUUACAUCCGAGUGCUCAACCAUGCGGCGACGCGCGGAGCCAUGGUGGGCUAUGCGAUGCAGGACCGCGUGCGGAGGCUGCAGUCAUUCCUUGCAGCGCGCUGUAACCGCCUCGUCCUGGACCAGGAUCCCGGUAAAAGACGGACACCUCGAGAGCACAUCAAAGUCUGCGUUUCUGUCUCCGUGUCCGUCGGUCGGUCGGCCGGUCGGUCGUCCGCUCUUUCUUUGUUCUUAUGUACCUGUAGCUGUAUUGCCUCUACUGUGUACCACCUUUGUCUAGCUGUCGGUUGA